AUGCCUCCUAAAGCAAGUGGAAAGGCCGUGAAGAAAGCUGGCAAAGCCCAGAAGAAUAUUAGCAAGUCUGAUAAGAAGAAGAAGAGGAGGAGGAAGGAAAGUUAUGCUAUCUACAUCUACAAGGUGUUGAAGCAGGUUCAUCCUGAUACUGGAAUCUCCAGCAAAGCUAUGAGCAUCAUGAACAGUUUUGUUAAUGAUGUCUUUGAGCGUAUUGCUGCUGAGGCCUCUCGUUUGGCCCAUUACAACAAGAGAUCGACCAUCACUUCCCGGGAGAUCCAAACUGCCGUCAGGCUCCUGUUGCCUGGUGAAUUAGCCAAGCACGCUGUCUCUGAGGGUACUAAGGCUGUCACUAAAUACACCAGCUCCAAAUAA